AUGGCCCCAAUGAUGCUGGCAAUUGACGGAGGCGGCGUACGAGGUAUCAUAGCCCUCGAGUUGUUGCAUAAACUCGAGGUCGCGCUAAACGUCCCUUAUCGGAUGUGGGAGUUCUUUGAUCUGGUUGUCGGCACUAGCGCAGGGGGCUUGAUAGCACUUGAUCUUUGUGUAAGUGGCGGCACCGUGCAGACCAGUAUGCAUCGGUUCGAAGAAUUUGCGCAUCGUGUCUUCCGCAAGCAACCAAAUCGAUGCUGCUCUAUAUGCAGCGGGGUAUACGAGACUAUAUCCAGGCUCACUAACGAUAGUAAAUACGACUCUACCGAGUUGGAGGGUGUGGUAAAAGAAGUUUUUGGAACUCGGAACACAUUGUGCGAUGGUGGCAUCCAGGCUCUCUCACGUACUAAAUUAGGCAUCAUGGCGACUACAGUUGGGACCUCACAGCUGCGCAUAUUCACAAGUUAUAACGGUAUAAAACGUCCCUUGAAUCAUGAAAACUAUAAGAUUUUGCGACAUGAGGACAGCGAGCUAGAGCCUAAACUCUGGGAAGUGGCCCGUUGCACCACUGCCGCGCCAGGCUAUUUCACUCCGAAGUCGUUGCCAGGCUUUGGUGGAUUGCAAGAUGGAGGAAUGCGUGCGAACAAUCCCACUGAAGCUGGACUCUGGGAGCUCGCUAUGAUAUGGCCGGAAAACCCCCAGCCGAACCUUGUGUUAUCUGUAGGCACUGGGUUUGCGAAAGCGCCAACUCAUGAGUUGUUGCAGCGACGUGGCUUCUGGCUGGACGGCUUCAUGCCACGCAUACUAGGUGCAUUUCUUGCUUCGCCGUGUUUGCACGGCCAGAACAGCUGGCUCGCACUUCUCAACCGACUAGACAACGACAGUCGGGAAGCCUUUGUCAGAUUGAAUAUUGAAUUCGAAUCGGAAGAGCCCGCGCUUGACGAUACAAAGCAAUUACCACUGUUACAUGAUCUAGCGCGUAACAGUAAAAUUGACUACAUUCCGCUGCGGAACAAGCUCUGGGCUCUCAGCUUCUUCUUCGAGAUCACAACUGUGCCAAAGUUCGGGAGCGGUUCUUACACCUGUCAUGGAGUCGUCCGGUCUCGCUUCGACGACGUACGUCCUGUGUUGACAGCCAUCUGUCGGGAGUACAAGAAUCCAUCGGUGGCAGUAGAUGGUUGCCCAGCAAUAGAACUAUCCACCGAACAGUGCUGUGCACAGUGUGGAUCACUAAGAUUGCCAGUACAAUUCGAUGUCAAACGUCUAGAGGAUACCAUGGACAUUGUGCUACGCUUUGAAGAGGGUAUACGUCAUAGCAUCUGCGGUUUGCCGACUUCCACCAGACGUGUUGUCGACCUCCAGAGUGCGUGGUUUGGCGACCACACAUUAACGUGGUCAUUAAGCGCAGAUGAAUGUUGCGUCAAAACACGGAAGCGUAGAAACACCGCAGAUGACCGAGGUGCUGCUAAAAGGUCAAAGACCAUGUCGUAG